AUGGCCCAAAAUCUGGAGAGCAUCUUUCAGGAGCUGGGCAUUUCCCAGUAUCUCGACAUCUUUCUGGAGCAAGGAUUUGACACGUGGGACACGAUUUUGGAUAUCACGGAAUCCGACCUGGGCCACGCUCCCGAUGUGUCCCUAGUAUCACCAACGAGAGCAAGCGUAGAAGAGCCCAAGACCGAGACGCAGCGGCCCGAUCAACCGCGGCCCGAGAACAAAGAGGGCCCAAUUCAAGCCAAGCGCAAAUACCGACGACACCCAAAGCCGGAUGAGAAUGCGCCAGAGCGCCCCCCUUCUGCCUAUGUAUUAUUUUCCAACACCAAAUUGGUUGGUGAGCACUGGCAGAACCUCACUCCCGCAGAAAAGGAACCGUAUGAAACCUCGGCUCUGAAAGCAAAGGAGAAGUACAACCAUGAUUUGGCCGAGUACAAGAAGACUCCGGAGUUCAGAAAGUACACGGCAUACCUCGCAGACUUCAAGGCCAGGCAAGCCAGCGCUAAUCAAGGUGAGAUGCUAUGCUUUAUUCCAACUCCCAUGCACUACUAA